CAUAAAAUUUUGGUUGUGAAUCGUGAUUCAGAUGGAACCAGAUUCGGAGCCCCGAUUGGAGACCCGGAGUACAAUUCUUUUAUACAUCUCGUCUUUCUAUAUUUAAACUUGCCGAUUUUGGGGGAAACGAUAAAAAAGGAAACUAAACAAAAUUCACAUUUAAUUGCGAGAGAUCUUUGGAGGAAAUGUCGAAAUCGCCAUGGGGAAUCGGCGCCUGGGCUGCCGAGACCGAGAGGGAGGAGGCCGAGCAGCGAGAAGCCGAGGAGAAGGCGGCCGCUGGCAGUUUUCCUAGCCUGAAGGAAGGCGUGAGCACAGCCAAGCAGAAGAAGAAGACGAAGAUGACUCUACAGGAAUUUAGGGUUAUGCCGUCUCAAGGCCGCGGCCUGACGCCGGAGGAAAUGCUCCGCCUCCCAACGGGGCCGAAGGAGCGGUCGGCGGAGGAAAUGCAGUACGGUAGAUUGGGAGGCGGGUUCUCCAAUUACGGGUCGAGACCUGGACCGAGCGGGCCUAAUUCGGGUCGGAUGGAGUAUGAGGGCCGGAAAUCUUAUGGAUUUGAGGAUGAUGGGCGGAGGGGACCUUUGCAGCAACCUAGGGUUUCGGAGUUCGAUCAGCCUUCGCGAGCUGAUGAGGUGGACAAUUGGGCUUCGAUGAAGAAGCAAACUGCCCUGCCGGAUCACGAUUCGCGCGAAUCCAGGGUUUCUGGCAAGUACAGCUCACUUGGGGGUGCGUCGCGUGCCGAUGAAGUGGACAAUUGGGCGUCUAUGAAGAAGCCUGUGUCACAGACGAGAAAUUCGAGCUUUGGCUCUAGGACCGAGACUGAUCGUUGGGCCCGUAAUGAGAGUUUCGGGUCUGGAUUCUCAAAACCUGAAUCGGAUAGGUGGUCUCGGAGUGAGCAAAAUCACAGUUUGAGUUUGAGUUCGCCUACAAUUGAGAGUGCGGAGGGGGUAAAGGUUAACAAGCCUAAUCCUUUUGGGGCGGCGAGGCCGAGGGAGGAAGUGCUGGCGGAGAAAGGGUUGGAUUGGAAGAAGAUGGACUCGGAUGUAGCAGACAAGAAACACUCGGAUAGUGGUGGGAGUAGGCCCACAAGUUCGCAGUCGAGUAGGCCAGAGACUCCGCAGUCGAGCAGGUCGGAGCCGCCUCCUUCAUUGGGUGAAGCUGUAAUGAGGCAGAGACCGAAAGUAAAUCCAUUCGGGGAUGCCAAGCCUAGAGAAGUUAUGCUGGAGGAGAAGGGGCUGGAUUGGAAGAAGAUUGAUCUUGAGUUGGACCGACGUGUGGACAGGCCUGAGGCAGAAAAAGAGAAAAAAUUGAAGGAAGAAAUUGAGCAACUUAAAAGGGAAUUGCUGGAAAAAAUUGGUGAAGAACAAGCUGGUGUGCAAGAUCAAAUACAUAAAAAGGAGCAGGAGUUGGAACUUCUGGUGUCUCAGUUGGAUGACAAAGUUCGCUAUAGUCAAAGAAAUUUUGAGAGGCAGAGCCCUGGAGCUGUUCGGGAUGUUGGCUUUAAUGAUAAACCUCCUUCUCGAACCGGAUUAUAUGAGGGUAGAUCCAGCUUUCAUGACCGGCCUCCUUCUGCCUCUGGACAAUAUGAAGAGCCUAGAGCAGUCUAUCAAGAGAGGCCUCCAUCUCGUCCAGGUGCAUAUGAGGAUUCAAGAGCUGGCUUUGCUGAGAGACCUCCUUUUCAACCUGGGGCGCAUGAUGAUCCUGAAGUUGGGUCUAAUGAAAGACCCCAUUCAAGGCAGGGAGCCUAUGAUGAGAACAGAUCUUCCUAUUCUCAGAAAGCUUCUUACACAGAUAGAGCAUAUCAAGAGCCCAGAUCUCUAGAUGGCAAUGAAAGGCCUCGUUCACGUGGCUCUGUGAAUUCAUGGGCAAGACCAAGUGAUGACAGAAGAUAUUUUCAAGGAAGUGGAGGCAGAGUAUUUUCAGGCAGCAGAGAUGUAGAGAGGUCAGGGUCGAGGUGGUGAACUCUCAAACCCGAUUCUCCCAGGACUCAAUUUCUUCCGGUCGCUCUGUGCUCACUCGCUCUCUGACUAGUUAGAUGCAAUAAUACAAUGACACCCCUGUUCCUCCUCAUUUCAUGAUUUUUGCAGUGAGGAAUGGAGCUGGAAAUCUAAAUUCUGAUAACAUACAACUCUUGCAUUAAUUGUUGUUGCAUUUUGAUGAUGUAUAAAUUCUCAUUUCCCCUCACCCUUUUUUGUUUGUCAUUCUGUAGUGGGAUCAAAUUUCCAUCUUCUCCAAAAAAGGGACAUUGUAGGGCAAAUCCCUCGGAAUAUAUUUGUUUGUUUACACUGUUCGUACCUCAAUCCUAUGUUGUCUGAUGAUUCUUACUUUUAAUAACAGACGAUGUUGUUUCCAUUUUCUUGCUAAAAA